UUAUGAAAAUGGAUCUUUAGCAAGGAUAGAUCACACCUUCCAAAUCUGAUAAAAUUAAAAGAAAUGCAAAAAUGCACGAAAGUAGUGAUACUCAGACUGGUAAGAACGAAACGGAACCAGAACAAAUUACACCUCAAGUGGCUGUUCAUAGAAUAAGCUUCCGCGGACUUACAGGGAUUAUAUUCUCUUUGCUUGGAGUCUCUCUUCUGAUCUACGCAGUUGGGUUUCUUGGUACCAGUUGGAGUGUACAGGGAGAAACGCAUCAAGGCCUUUGGAGUACUUGCCAAUGUCGGGCGCCCAAACAAGGACCAUGGUUGAUAGGGGCACAGAUUCUCACUACAUUAGGUCUAAUAGGCCUGGUCGUAUGCCUUGCAGCCACUGUCAUCUACAUGACUGUACAUACGAUUAACAAAAACAAAAGUCUCCGUGCUCUGAUCUCUUCAUGUUUCAUAACAGCUAUCCUUAUGGUGUCCGGCUUCAUCACUUAUGGAUCCCAUUAUCCAGGAUUACACUGGUCAUUCGCUUUCUGUACCAUCUCUAUGAUAAUAACGUUGGGGGCUGGAGGACUAUCUAUUAAACAAAUGCUGGAUUCAAAAGCAGGAACAGUUGCUUAAAAAUGACGGAACUCUUGGAUGAGCAAGUUUGACAACUUUAUUUUUAGGCCGACUGCAUGGCUGCUUGCGGCAACUUUUUGUUUAUAUGGUUUUGUACUUUAAUUUGUUAAUCACCCACUCCUUUUGAACUUUGUACGCUUAUAUCUGUACUAUUUGUGAUAAAAAUGAAAAUACAAA